GUGAUAUGGAGUAGUGGUGUGACAUCAGUGAGUCGUGAACACCACCGCCGCCGGCUACAUUAAUCCCGCACCGGUUCAGCUCGGCUCGAUGGCCGUCGACGGCCUCCUCUACAACAACAGCCUUACCACCUCGGAGCUCGAAGCGCAAAUAAACCUGAUCGACACCGCCGGCUUGGAAAUCAACUCCGCCGCCAGCGUCAGCUCGUCGGCGCCGCCUCCGCCGAGGCCGCAGACGGUCGAUGAGACCUGGCAGGAGAUUGUGUCCGGCGAGAGCCGGAAGGAGUGUAAAGAAGAGGUGCCUGAUGAGUUGAUGACUCUCGAGGACUUUCUGGCUCGGGCCGGCGCGGUGGAAGAUAACGACAUUAAGGAUUUACACCAGGAGAUUGUGUCCGGCGAAAGCCGGAAGGAGUGUAAAGAAGAGGUGCCUGAUGAGUUGAUGACUCUCGAGAACUAUCUGGUUCGGGCCGGCGUGGUUCGGACGGAGAAGGUGUUAACCUCUUCUCGUCGUCGAAGGAAGUACGAUGUGUUUCUAAGUUUCAGAGGGCCAGAUACGCGCAAGGGGAUUACCUCCGAGCUGUAUGAUAGACUAGAACGGAGAGGAAUUAAAACCUUUAUGGAUGACCCCGAUCUUCAUGUAGGAGAUUCCAUUAGCCCGUCUCUUGUUUCAGCAAUUGAGGAGUCAAGAUUUGCCAUUGUCAUUCUUUCACCCAACUAUGCUUCUUCGCCAUGGUGCUUGGAUGAACUCCUCACGAUUAUUCGGUGCACCAAAGAGAAGGGGCUACGAGUCAUGCCCGUGUUCUACAACGUGGAGCCUUCUGAUGUGCGGCACCAAAGGGGAAGUUUUGAGCUCAAAGGGAAAACCCGACCCCGAGUAGAAGUAAGGGAACAUGAAGAAGUAUAUGGCAAGAAUGAGGAAAAAUUCAAGGCGUGGAGAGCUGCUUUGACAGAGGUAGCCAAUCUUUCUGGGUGGGAUUCAAAGAAUUUUAGAACUGAGAGAGAACUUGUUGAGGCAAUUGUUGGGGAUAUUGGGAGUAAGGUGGUGUAUAAAUCUUCAAGUGUUGACAAGGGCUUCGUAGGAAUGGAUGUCCGUGUUGAUGAUUUAUUAGAUAAUUACAUACCUCAAGGGGAUGAGGUACGAAUUAUAGGGAUACAUGGGAUGCGAGGAGUUGGUAAGACAACGCUUGCUCGAGCUUUUUAUGAUGACUUUGGUCAGGAUUUUGAGCAUAGAUGCUUUCUUCGCAAUGUUAGAGAGCAGUUUAAAAGCGUUGGCCUAGUGGCUUUACAAAAGAAACUUCUUUCCAGCAUCUUGAUGGACAAAAUUGAUUUCAUAGAGGAUGAAUAUACAGGAGCUGAUGUGAUUCAAAGAAGUUUAUGUAAAACAAAGGUGCUUGUUGUUAUUGAUGAUGUGGAUGGGUUGGAACAAUUAGAAAAAUUGGCUGGAAGUCGCAACUGGUUCGGUCCAGGGAGCAGAAUUAUCAUAACCACCACAGAUUUUCAAUUGUUACAGGCACAUGGUGUUGAUGCUACAUACAACGCUACCGGGUUAAGUUCUGAUGAAGCUCUUGAACUGUUGAGUUUAAAGGCUUUCAAGAAAAGCUUCCCACCAGAAGAUUAUUCGGACCUGUGCAAGCGUAUUUUAGGGUAUGCUCAGGGGUUGCCGUUAGCUAUUGUGGUUUUAGGUUCUUCUUUAUGUGGUAGAAAGCACAAUGAAUGGGCAAGUGCAAUUCGUAGGCUGAAAAAUACACCAAAUAGAGGAAUUAUUGAUGUGCUUCAGAUUAGUUUUGAUGGACUAGAGGACAUAGAGAAAGAAAUAUUCCUACAUAUUGCUUGUUUUUACAAGGGACAAGAUAGGGAUCGUGUGACAGAAAUACUAGACUAUUGUGAGCUGGAACCUGUCAUUGGAUUAAAAGUUCUUGCUGAUAAAUCUCUCAUUACUAUCUCCAGCAAUGAACUGUCAAUGCAUGAUCUGCUACAAGAAAUGGGCUGGGAAAUAGUUCGUCGAGAGUCUCCUAAAGAGCCAGGCAAACGUAGUAGAUUAUGGUCUCAUGAAGAAAUCCACAAUAUGUUGAAGCAAAAUAAGGGAACAGAAGCAAUCCAAGGCAUGGUGAUGGAGUUGCCUGAAUUAGAAGUGGCGGAGUUGCCUGAAUUAGAAGUGGCUCAUUGGAAUCCAGAAGCCUUCUCAAAUUUGUCUCAACUUAGUCUUCUCCAUAUUCAUAAUGUGGACCUUCCCAAAGGCCUCACUUGUCUUCCUAAUUCCUUGAGACUCCUGGAAUGGCCUGGGUGUCCGUUAAGAUCUCUCCCACAAAAGUUCGAACCAGACAAACUUAUUGAACUUAACUUGUGUCACAGCAAUAUUAAACAUCUUUGGAAGGGAACAAAGAAUUUUAAAAAGUUGAAGAUCAUCAAACUCUGCCAUUCUCAAAACAUUGUGGAGACUCCAGACCUCGCAGGCGUUCUGAAUCUUGAGAGUUUAGACCUUGAAGGAUGUAAGAGUUUGGUAAGAAUCCAUCAAUCCCUUGGAUUUCUCAAAAAGCUUAUUGUCCUGAACCUUAAAGACUGCAAAAGUCUUGAGAAUCUGCCAGGUAGAAUUGAAAUGGAAUCUCUUGAAACAUUAAUUCUUUCUGACUGCUCAAAAAUUAAAAAGAUUCCCGAGUUUGAUGGAAAUAUGGAGCGCCUGUCUGUGCUUCAUCUCGACAAGACUGCUAUUGAGGAACUGCCUGUUUCAAUUGAACGCCUGAGUGGCCUUGUGUCAUUGAAUCUAAGUAACUGCACAAAUCUUGUUUGUCUUCCAAGCACCAUCAAUAAAUUGAAGUCUGUUGAAAAUCUUAAUCUUUCUGGAUGCAUAAAACUUGGCAAACAUCAGGAAAGCGUGGGGGAGGUGGACUGUUAUGAGGAAAAUGAUGUGAAUAGUGGGUAUGCAAUAGAAAUGUCAUCUACCCAUGAUCUCAUAAAGUAUGUGAGAGGUUCAAUCUUUCAUGGAUGGGAAGCAGUUUGGGGAUCUUUAAAUAAGUUCGGGCCUUCUGGAUUGAUGCAAAAAGUGAUUACAGAGCAAAUGAGUUUCCGCUUGCGUAUAUCUGGUCUCUGUAAUUUAACAUAUCUGAACCUGAGUAAUUGCAAUCUUGGUGAAGGAGCAUUUGCCGACGAAUUUGGUUACUUUCCCUCUUUGGUGACCUUGAAUCUAAGUGGAAACAAUUUUGUUCAUCUUCCUUCAGGCAUUGGAUUGCUUUCUAAGCUUGAGAACUUUAACUUGGAGAAUUGCAAGAGACUUGAAGAGUUGUCAGACCUUCCAUCAAAUGGUAGACUAGAUUUAAGGGCAGAUGGUUGUACUUCACUGAAAUACUUGUUUGAUGCAUCAAAUUUGAACCGAUUAAACGAAUCAUAUUUCAGUUUCACGAAUUGUGUCAAUCUAAAUGGCAAUCAAGGAUGCAAUAACAUAGCAUUUGAAAUGCUGAAGACAUUCAUGUAUCAGGGAAUCUCUAAUAUGAUGGAAACUUCUCGAAUUGCAAUUCCUGGAAGUAAUAUUCCUGAGUGGUUCAGCCAUCGAAGUGUUGGGUAUUCAUUAAGUGUAGAGCUUCCUCCAGAUUGGGAUAGCAGUAGGUUUAUGGGAUUUGCUUUGUGUGUUGUUUUUGUACUCCAUGAGCACCAUCAGGUUGAUGAGCGUGAUAUUCAUCAAUUCAAGACUUUUAAUGCUACUCAUCAUCUUGUAUGUUGCCUGAAGUUCAGUGGAAGAGAAUUAGAAGUACAUGGCAGACAGCCUGCAUUUCGCUUUAGUGAAGAGUUUUGCCAGCUGGCCUCAGAUCACCUGUGGCUAUUCUAUGUAUCUCGUGAUAAAUACUUUGGUACAGAGUGGUGGCAUAACAGUUGCAGUCAGCUUGAUUUCUUAUUUAAAACCAGAGGGCCAGGUCUGGAGGUGAAGGAGUGUGGAGUUCGUCUGAUAUAUGAGCAAGAUGUGCAAGAGUUGAACCAAACAACCACUCAAUCAAGCAGUAGGAUGUCUCCAUAUGAGGAUAUAUUGGUUGAUUUUGACAUUCCAGUUGAAGGGGAAACCAGUGGCACUGGUAGCAGAACUUGCACACUUGAAGAAUUGUAGGACGCUGUAAUUACAUUCUGAAGCUCUCUUGCCUUCGUCCUUUUAUAGUUAGGUUCAAGGUAUUCCAUUUGAUAUAGAUAGCGAGGGUCAAGGCAGUACAUAUGUAUAAAGGUUACUUGAACUUUCCUCAUAAUCCAGUAGGUGCAAAUUCAUAUGGACUUGAUCAGCUUACUUUCCUCUUUCCACUUUCACUUAUGAAACUUGAAUUCAUCAAGAAGAAGGGG